GUUUCCGUCCCACCCUGUCUUCUCCCCGCCCAAAACCCUACAAUCUCCUCGCCUUCUACCGGCGCCAUGGCGUCGGCGUGCUCCCAGCCCCAUGUCCACUACAACGUCGGUGGCCCGAUGCUGAACAAGGUGUUCCAGGCGGCCUGCGACGGCGACCUCCCCAUCUUCAAGGCGCUGGUGGUGAUGCUGGACAUGGGCAGGGGCUGCCCCAAGGAGGCGAUUGAGGCGCUCAGGGUGGAAGAUGCCGGAGAGCUGGAAGGUUUCACUGCGCUGCACGCCGCAGCCAAAGGUGGGGGCCUGGAUGUGUGCAAGUACCUGGUCGAGGAGCUGCUGGUAGACGUGGAUGUGGUCGACAAGAAAGGUAGAACACCUCUGUUUUUCGCAAUACACAGUAACGAUGUGGGUACUGCCAAGUAUCUUCUAAAUCAUGGGGCUAAUCAAGACAAAGUCAAUCAUGAUGGGCUUUCCCUGUUACAUUCUGCUGCACUAUCAGACAAUUGUCAAAUGGUAGAACUACUCCUUGCAAAAGGAGCUUAUGUUGACCCGGUAGCUGAUUGUGGGACACCACUUCAUUUUGCUGCUAGUGAAGGGCGUUAUGGUACUAUGAAGAUUUUAUUGGACUACAAUGCAGAUUACAACAAGAUGGUAAAUGGCGAGACACCUCUCAUUGCUGCUACAUGUGCUGACUCAAAGUCAAUGGAAUGUAUCAUGCUCCUAGUUAAGGCUGGUGCAGAUUUGAAGGGAGCUUUAGCAUAUGCUGCAAAAAUUCUCCAUGAGGGGAAAGUUGUUUCAAGUAACUUUUUCAAAUGCAUGAUGGAGGACGCUGGUGCUGAUCAUGAUGUUUGUAUUGAUGAUGAGCCUAUGGUUAAACGGGAAAUUAGAACAGGAGGGCUUAUGUCACUAGGCAUCGACUCUUUAAGGAAAAAGGAUUAUCGUCUUGCGGCAGGAUUCUUCAGUCAGGCACUGGAUCUUGAUCCUGGUGAUGCGAUUUUGCUCUCAAACAGGAGCCUUUGCUGGCUUCAAAUGGGUGCUGGAGACAAGGCUUUGCGAGAUGCUAAUAAAUGUAGAAAAAUCCGGCCUGACUGGCCAAUAUCCUGUUACCGGCAGGGUGCAGCUCUGAUGUUACUGAAGGACUAUGAGGGUGCAAGCGAACGGUUCUUGGAUGGACUGAAGUUGGACCCAGUUAACGCUGAAAUUGAGGAUGCACUACGGGAAGCUAUGAAGUCACUGAAGACAUCUCGGAGCUCUAAAGCUAAGCAAUUGUUUGGGUGUUGCAGGGAAAUCAGUGGAAGGCUUUAGGCAGGCGUUUCUCCUGUUGCACAAAGACUUGAUUUCUUGAACUGAGUAACUCCUUUAGGAAGCCAAGUAGUGUGUCCGACGGAGUAUUAGCGUGGCACGUAUGGAUGGGCAUGUAUAUUCCUGAAUGCAGUAACACCUCGUGGAAACUCAUUUAUUGUUA